UGCCUGUCAGUCUGUCUGUCUGUCUGUCUGCCUGCCUGUCUGAUGUUAGAGUGACCGAGCGAGUGCAGAAAGCUCCAGGCAGGGAGGAAGCUGUAGUGCGUCGCUCUUUCUACCAGCAGCUAAAACAACCCUGGAUGCCAUAAACAAACUGGUGCGCCAACAGCGCGUGUGUGUGUUCCGGUGAAGCAGACUCUGCACAGAGCUGCCCUGCAGGAACAGAGAGCUCUGAGGACCUUGCACUGGGGGGCACUGCCUGCCAGGUCAGGGAAGGGGGCUAGCAAUCACAAAACAAACUGUAACCGACGGGGGCGAGCUGACCAGCCCGGCUCCUGGAACCCAGCCCGGUUCAGGGAAGCGCGGCCUCUUCAAUGCAGUCAGUCCGAGUCACUGCUGAAGAUGCCAGCGUUCCCGCCGAGCACACUGCAGGGCAGAGAGCUGCGUUAAUGCGCUUUGUAUUACCCGCUGUGGAAACGGCUCGUUUACUGGACAGCGAGCCACAUGCUAACCCAGCAGCGGACACGAAAGCGGCUCUUAAUUAUUAACAGAGUCACGGGAAGAAAAGCCUUAACUGAGGAAUGAAAUAUGAGAACGCGGCAUCGGACUGAAACCAGAAAGAGGAACUGCGCCUUAUCUUCCUCUUCCUCUUCGCGCUCAGGCUGUGGGCACAUUAAGUAAACACCACGCGUUCCCGUUUGGAUGGACACGGGUUUCUCUCUCGGCUGUUCCCGGACGGGCUCGCCGAAGUUCAGCUCGUUUUCCGAGUCCAAGGCACAGCGAGAUCACAGCGUCCCGUGAGCGAUGGCUGCGUGUGUCGAUGUCAUCAUUGUCGGAGCUGGGAAUCGAGGCUCGAUCUACGCACACUUCGCUGUGGCGUUCCCUGAGCGCAUGAGGGUGGUGGGGGUAGCUGAUCCGAACCCUUUUUCCCGGGAGAGACUGCGGGAGCAGCACCGCAUCGAGGAGCACAAUGCCUUCACUGGUGUCACACAACUUCCUGAUGUAAGUCUCGCGGAUGCCGUCCUGAUCUGCACCCCUGACCGGCUCCACAAGGAGCCUGCAGUGGUGUUUGCUCAGAAGGGGUAUCACAUCCUGCUGGAGAAGCCCAUGGCUGUCACAGCGGAAGACUGUAUAGAGAUCAUGUCUGUCUGCUCAGAGAGUCAGGUGAUGCUGGCUGUGUGUCACGUGCUCAGGUACUUGCCUGCUGUUCAGAAGAUAAAGGAGCUGAUUGACUCAGGGGCGAUCGGUGAUGUCAUCCACAUCCAACACCUGGAGCCAGUUGGUUUCUAUCACUUCGCUCACUCAUUCGUUCGAGGGAACUGGCGCAGCGAGGCCGGCAGCUCCUUCUCUCUCCUCGCCAAGUCUUGCCACGAUAUCGACCUCAUCAACUACUGGGCGGGAGGACGCAGGUGUUUGAAAGUUUCGUCCUUCGGGUCUCUCUCACACUUCACUAAAGACAAUCAGCCUCAGGGAGCCUCGGAUCGCUGUCUCAGCUGCUCUGUGGAGGCCGGUUGCCCGUACUCUGCCAAGAAGAUCUACCUGGACAGAGUCACUCAGGGUGAGGUGGGCUGGCCCGUCUCUGUGCUGUGUUCCAGCUCGCUGCCCGACAUCGAGAGUGUGACGGAGGCUCUGUGCAGCGGACCCUACGGGCGCUGUGUGUACGACUGCGACAACGACGUCUGCACCAAUCAGGUGGUCAAUAUGCAGUUCGAGGUGGGUCUGACGGCUUCCUUCUCCAUGGUUGCGUUCACAGAGCAGAUGUGUCAGCGCAAGACCACCAUCUCAGGAAGCAAGGUGACGAACAGCAGCAGAGCCCUGCAGGCUGGGGACCUCCCGACUCUCUCAGGGAAAAGCACACUGGGGAGGGGAGGGCGACUAUCACCUCCGAAAGUGACCCACCACGUGGACCCCUCCCCCCCAGGGGCCUCAGGGCUGGGGGGCCACGGAGGGGGCGACUAUCACCUCAUGGACAGAUUCAUCUCUGCAGUCGCUAGUUGUGACCCGGCUCUGAUCCUGUCCGGCCCGGAGGAGACGCUGCAGAGUCACCUGCUGGUGUUCCAGGCUGAGCGAGCGCGCAGAGAGGGGGUGGUGCUGAGCGGCGGGGGAGAGGAGGGGAGAGACACUGUGAAUAAUAACCCGUGAUACACAGUAACUGCAGUACCGUGGAGUAACCCUGCUAUAAUCUACUCUGAGCCACUGGCACGCGAUUCACUGAAGCGAUUAAAAUGAGAGUUGAAUUGAAAUCAACCUCAAUGAAUUCUA